AUGUAUUUUAAUGGAACAGAUUUCUUUGGUCCAACAGUUAUUUUGAUAUCUCUUGAUGGCUUCCGGAGCGAGUAUCUCCAUCGAAAUAUCACACCAAAUUUAGACGAACUAGCUUCCAAAGGAAUUCGUGCUGAAUACAUGCACCCUUCUUUCCCGCCAAGCACAUUCCCCAAUCACUGGACAUUAGUAACAGGUCUUUAUCCAGAAGCACAUGGAAUUGUUGGAAACACAUUUUACGAUCCAGCAUUGGAUAAAGAGUUUAUUUAUAACAAUAAUGAGAUCACCAAACAGUCUGAAUGGUGGGGUGGAGAACCGCUUUGGGUAACCUCAGCCUUACAAGGGCUUCGCACAGCAGUGGAUAUGUGGCCUGGAUCGACAGCCUCUGUAAAUCAUGUCAGACCUAACUUUGUGGUUGGUUUCAACAGUACAGUCACUCCUCUUGAGAAGAUUGACACCGUUCUUGGGUGGCUCGAUUUAGCUCAAAAUGAAAGACCUCAGUUUAUGGCUGUAUAUGUUCCUCAAGUUGAUAUAGUUGGCCAUGAAAAGGGACCAGAUAGUGAAGAAAUAAAUGAUGCUAUUAUCGAUGUAGACAAUGCUAUUGGGCACUUGAUAGAAGAAUUGACUGAGCGUAAUUUGGGUAGACAUGUGCACGUUAUCGUUGUGAGUGAUCAUGGUAUGUCAUCCACAGGUCCAUCAAAGCUUAUUUACUACGACGACAUACUAUCACCCGAAUCUCUCGCCUCUUUACGUGAACGUGAAGCAAUGCCUCUUCUCGAUAUUCGCCCAAAUGCAAAUGCAUCUUUUGACAGAAUGGUGAACAAAAUCUAUCGUGAACUUCACAACUACACAGAGAAUUCCCCAGACCCUCACUUUAAAGUUUUUUUACGGAAGGAUGUCCCGUCUCGUUAUCAUUACAGCAAUACAGAUCGUAUAACUCCGAUUGUAGCUAUUCCAGAUGUUGGGUACACGUUUGUUCUGCACGAUGAAGUCGCUCCUAACGCUCAGAAAACAUUCUUAACAUUGGGACAUCAUGGCUAUGACAACCUUGCACCAGACAUGCGGGCUAUUUUCAUUGCAAAGGGCCCCAAAUUGAAUUUGCGUUUUAACCAUGGUGCUGUGGUCAUUCCCUUUUUUAAUGUUGAGGUUUAUGGUCUGAUAACAGAGCUAUUGAACAUAGUAGCUGCACCUAAUAAUGGAACACUUCAAGGAGGGUUCUUUGCUACAAGUUUAACUCACUAA